GCUGGUCUCACUCUGCAUUUGCGCUGAAGGCAACACAGGAUACAGGCUGCCCGACUCGUCUCGUAUCUUAAACUGGAGGCAGAGUGAGGAAACAGCAUGUCAGGGAAGGAAGCGCUGAAGCUGCUGGGAAAGCACACUUUGCUCCGACUAUUCAGAGCUUGUUUCUGAGUCACUCCGUGGCAGGCCUGAGGCAGAACAUAGACAUUUUCUAGAACAACUGGUCAACAUAUGUGUAAGAAGAAAAAACAAGGAGUCAGGGAUUAGAAACCCAACCUUCGUUUGUUGAACGCCCUGGAGAUCUGAAGAGAGAAGGUGUAGAUCAGGAGGAAAUUCUCGAGACCUCUCUACGUCUGAGCUUCUCGAACGGACACACAGCAGAGACGAUGAGCCUGUCACGGAACGGGACGCUGGAAAAGACAACGUCUGAGGCCCGGCCCUCCUCCAGGGCGGGGUCGGCGCUCGUGGUGCCGCCCCCUUACGAGGCCCCGGGCGGCCCCCUGGAGCUGAGGGGGUCUCUGGACUGCUGGGCCUGCUCCGUGCUGGUGACCGCGCAGAACCUCAUCAUCGCGCUCAUCAACGGCGGGCUGGCCAGCAUCAUCUUCGGCAUCAUCCUGACCCCGGCUCUGGUCAUGAUCACGUUCGGAUUCCUCUGCCACUCCACAGUGCAGCCCCAUGGAACGUCCUUGUACUGCUCAGACGACCUGCUGGACGACACCAGCUGCGUGGCUCUUCUGGUGGUGGGCUUCCUGCUGCUGACCCCUCUGCUGGUGUUGGCGCUCGCCGCCUACUGCCGCCUGGCUCGGCACCUGCAGCUCGGCAUGUGCUUCAUUCCCUACAGCCGCGCCGUCUACAAGAACCUGCCCACCUCGCGCCAACGAGGGCCCGGCGCAGGGGGCUGCUGUGGCCAAAAGGAAGGAAAGGAAAGGGAUGGAAAGGGCAGCGUUUGGGUGUAGGAGUAGAAGAUGGAUGGGCAGUGUAGCUGUGAGCAAAAGUCUAAUUAAAUACCCCCAAAAUAUCUCAUCCUUUGCAUUGAUUCUUUUUUUUCUUUUUCUUUUUUUUGCUUUUGUAUUGUAUUUGCAUUGUGAUUGUCGCGUUAACAUACUGUUUAUGGAAAGUGUUUUAUACCUGUUUUACAAUAAAAUGAGCAUUUAUCUGCA